GGAGAAAGCAAAAGCGAAACGAUGGCAGCCAUGCUCCUGUGUUUGCUUGUCGCGACCACAUCUGUCGGUGUGCUUGGCUUCGUUCCGCCGUCUGUCACGCCAACCAGAGCAAAGCAAGGUGAGAGCACCGAUAGAUCCGCACGCAGACAGUCACUGCCACAUAGCGCUUUCUUGUCUGCUGCUGCUUGUCAGGCAUGUGGCCUUUGAGUGUCCCUCGGGCCUCUCGGCAGCCCGCCACAUCUGCAUCUCCAUCGAGUGUCGUCGAAGACGCACUCGGCGUGGUGAAUGGCGAAAGCAACAUACGAUACACGUGAGGCUCUCAACAGAGAGAGAGAGGGCAGCACACGUAGAAAUCACCUUUCUUUUUGUGCGGUCAGUGACUACGUCGAGACUGCAUCUUUCCCCCCUGAGAGCUCUGUGCUGUCCACUGCUGAGGUUUCUGAAGAGGUCGGCAGACCCCAAAAACACACACUGCUCCCUCUCAGAGAUCCGAGUCAUGUCAUGUGAUGUUGCUUGUGAUCGAUGCAGUCAGCAGCACCCGCGGCACCGAAGAGGCGGCGGCCAUUGUCCAAGGAUCCGCAGCUGAUUGUGGAGGGGGACUCGACACAAGUGACGCCAUACCAGCAGCUCGUCACCUACGGUACUCUGGCUCUCGCACUGGCCGCUAUCGCACAAGUGAGAAAGAAAGAAGGACACACGCAGACGGCAGCUGUAUUGUGUGUGGGCGAUGGUGUGUUCAGGCAUUGGUGUCUGAUGCUUCCAAUCCUGCGCUGAUGUCGCUGAUGGUGCCUUUCGCAUUGCUGUUCGGUGACCUCUUCAGCGGAGUCUUCCACUGGUAUGAGCGCGUCCACCUUUUAUUCUUUUGCGGUGUUGGACAUAUUCCAUUGAUGUCGGUGUGUGUCUGUCUGUGUGCAUCAGGGCUGUUGACAACUACGGCAACAAGAACACUCCCGUGUUCGGCAGUGUGAUAGAGGGCUUUCAGGGACACCACAAGUACCCAUGGACCAUCACAUACCGGUGAGCAUGGACACAGAGGGGCGAGAGAAAGAUACCAUCUGCUUUGCGGGAUGUGUGUGUGAUGCAGUCCGUUUGCGAACAACGUGUACAAGAUCUGUUAUGGUGUACUGCUCAUCAUGGCCACCACAUUCAUCCUGCAGGCACCACCUGGUACCCUCACACACGCACACACGUGCCGUUUCAUGGAUGAUCUUUUUGCUGCGUGCGUGUGUGUGUCCAUAUCGUCAGCUGUCCGUGUGUUCAUGACGGUGUUUGGGUUGUCCCAAGUGAUGGCUCAGGAGUUCCAUAAGUACAGCCACAUGACCAAACCACCCAUCAUCGUCCAAAGGUGCGAACGUCCUCACCGGAAUACACUCGUGGGCUCACACAUCCAUGUGUGUGUGUUGUCGAUGAUUGCAGGUUGCAGGGCAUGGGGCUGAUGCUGCCAAGGAAAGAGCACGGGCUCCACCACUCAGAGCCUUUCGAAGGUCAGCCAUGAACAUGACUACACACAAGCAUGUCAGUACAUGUAUGUGGUGUCGUGUGGUGUGAUGUGUGCAGGUCACUAUUCAAUUUUGUUUGGGUGGUUCAACCCGCUGCUCGACCACUCACAGGUCUUCAGGCUGAUGGAGAGGGCCAUCUACAAGUGGAACGGUCAGUUACCACACAGGCGCGUUCCCAUCCAUCGCACACACGUCUCUCUCUCUCUCUCUGUGUGUGUGUGUGUGUGUGUGUGUGUGUGAUGUAUCUUAUCUACCAGGUCACAUGCCGAAUAGCUGGAAACUCGACGAGAGGCUGAGACAGGAGCAGGUUGACAUGAUCGAGGGCUCACAGAGGACAUGACGUGCCGUCCCGUGUGAUGUGUGUGUGUGUUGGUGGUCGGGGGGCGGGGCUGAGUGUACAGCGAUUUUCCACCAUCCCGUCUGUCAGUUGACGUGUACAUAGAGACGUGGGAUCAGGGAGGUUGGCAUGAGUGUUCAGUGUUGAGUGUUGAUACUUGGCUGGAUGCAUUGCCCUUGCAAUCAGUCAGUCUGUGUGGGGAGCGAUUGUAGUGGACCUCGACGCUCAAACGCAGUGGAGUGACGGCCCUUCUGCCUGUGAUCAGCGGCAGGCAGAGAGAACGUCGCUUGAGCGCGUUUGAGCGCCGAGAGGACACCAGAAACACUACCCCUUGUCCGGAUAACUCUCACUAUCGUUUUGUCAUCGAGAGAGACAGUUUUGUCACCCGCUCUCACCAUUUUGACUUCCGCAUGCGCACAAUCGUGUGAGUGUCGAUAGAAAGAGCCGACCGACCAAGUGCGUGUAUGGGUUCUCUUGGCACUACGAUCAGCUUGGUGGACGUCUUCUCUGCCUGUGAUUGACAGCAGGCAUGAAAUCCGUCUGUCGAGGGGAUCUGAGCACCGAGAGAGCACCAGACACGCACAUGCACACACCAGUGUAUGUCUGAAGAGAGAGUUUUGUCUUGACACCGUUCUGCCUCGCUGUCGAAUACAAUGGCCUUGCCUCUCCGCUCGCCUGUCUUUCAUGCAUUCACACCGGUCUUGCCUUCAUUACUUGACAGGUUUCUCGGUGUCUGCGAUAUCGAUGUGUGUUUUUCGGUGUGCUGCUGUGACUGCAGUGAGUGGACAGCCAGCCUGUUGGUUGACGGUGCUGAUCACGUGAAUCAUGCUCAGUAA